AUGGGCCGAAAAUCUAAGCAAAAGUCUUGUUCCGGAUGUGUCGAGGCCAAGCGCCGCUGUGACAAGCGACAUCCAUCAUGCACUCGCUGUCUGGAUCGAGCAUUGGUUUGCACUUAUCCACUUUUGCCUUCUCGACAAGCCUUCGAUUUACCGACUGAAGCUACUCCAGAUAUGGAUUUUAAUGAUAUGUUGACUUCUUCAACAUUUGGCACUGGGCUAAACAGUUCUGCGCUUGUUGAUACAUCCGAGCCACUGUUUCCUUCAAUCUUUACAACUAACCCGAGUUGUUUCUCAGUACCUUGUCCAUCCUCAAGCGUCAUGGUCGAACCUUUGGGUCAGCUGACACAGAUGUUCGGGGACUUGGGCUGGUUUCUUCGAUCUCAAGCUUGGACUAUAAGAUAUCACUAUAGCGCACCAGAAGCCACACCUACAACUCCUGUUCUCUCUAAUUUUAUCCGUGGCCUACAGAGUUGGUUAUCCUGUUUUGUCAAGACGGGACACAAUCCUUUUAUCCAUCGACAUCUCUAUUCAGAAUCAGGUUACCCACAAUGUAUCCAAGAUGCAUACUCGGCAUGUGUUAUCUCCAAUGCUGCUAAUAGCGAAAAUGAUAGCAUCAUCAAUGCAAUUUCCUCAACCUAUAUUUCGAAUCUACUCAACACGCAACCCGUUGACGGUAUAAUUUCCACAAGAGAUCAUCUUGCCCGCACGCAAGCCCUUCUCAUCCAUAUCCUUCUCUCACUAUUCUCUUCCUCCAUUCAACGACGCGCAAAGGCUGAAAGUCUCAUUAGCCUUCUCCAUGGCUGGAAUAGCCAAUUAUGGGACUCUGCAACAUCUGGUAGUGAAUUCGCGCCGCUGGCAAGUUCGACUCCAUCCUCAAGCGAAACAGCCAGUAGAGGCGCGGAACCAGUUUCCACCGUGUACCGUUCAUUCAUUCUGUCUGAAUCCAUUCGCCGCACUUGGUUACUCUGUAAUCUUGCUACAGGUGUCUACGGCAGUCUCAAAGGCGAAUUUGUAGGGUCAUGUGGAGGAGAUGUCCCAAUCACUAUGCACGCAAAGUUCUGGGAGGCGCCCUCAAGUGCACGUUGGGAGUUUACUGCGCGGCAUACUGAUCCGUUCUUUAUUUACAGUCUAAAAGGUCAGACACUACUUGAGCGCGGUGUGAGUGCCAUCCAGGUUGACGAGUUUGCGCGGCAUCUGUUCACUAUAAUGUGGGGACUAGAAAUGGUUGAGACUUGGGUUAUGAGAACUGGAGAUGAGGUCUCUGUUAUAUACUAG